UGUAAAAGGUGGUGUACAUAUCAAAGCGGAAAGUUUACAUUAAUUAUUUGUUUCUUUCAGGACCGUUUUUAAAGUUACUCCUACGGCUCGAAACAGGUCAAGUACUUUAAAAAAAUUGGAAAAAUUCAUGCAUUAAAAAUUGAACAAUAUAUCUACGCGACAUAAUCAUAAUGAGUGUGUGCGGCGCUGCUCGGUGCCGGUGGAUCCAGACCCGCAGUGCUGUGAGUCUCAGGGUCCUUCAGCAGAACCGAACCGUCUGCGGACACACGACUGGAGCUUCUGACAGUAUCAGGGAGAAGCUGCAGGCUUUCCCGGGAGGAUCCAUCGAUCUCCAGAAGCGACAGGAGUCCGGCAUCGCGGUGCUCACUGUCAAUAAUCCAGCGCGCAUGAACGCCUUCUCAGGCUGCAUGAUGCUGGAGCUGGAGCAGCGAGUGCAUGAACUGGAGACCUGGACAGAAGGGAAAGCUGUCAUUGUGAAGGGAGCUGCUGGAAACUUCUGCUCCGGAUCUGAUCUCAAUGCAGUCCGAGCGAUAGCAAACCCACAGGAUGGCAUGAGGAUGUGCGAGUUCAUGCAGAACACUCUAACACGACUCCUCAGACUGCCGCUCAUCUCCAUGGCUCUGGUGGAGGGAAGAGCGCUGGGCGGGGGAGCAGAGCUCACCACUGCAUGUGAUUUCAGGUUGAUGACGUCUGAUGGUGUAAUCCAGUUUGUCCAUAAGCACAUGGGUUUGGUCCCUGGAUGGGGAGGAGCUGCAAGACUAGUUGGCAUUGUUGGCAGCCAGAACGCCCUGAAACUGCUGAGCGGGGCUAUAAAGGUGGAUCCAGACUGUGGAAGACAGAUGGGACUGGUGGAUGAGGAGCUCCACUGCUCUUCUGGAGAGGGAGAAACACUAACACACGCUGAGCAGUGGCUGAGGCCGUUCAUCAAGGCUCCGGCUCCAGUGAUCCAGGCGCUCAAGAAGGUUGUCGUCUCAGGAAGAGAGCUUCCCCUGGAACAAGCCCUUAAGACUGAGAGGAAUGUGUUUGGGACAGUAUGGGGUGGUCCAGCAAAUCUCCAGGCUCUGGCUUUGAAACCGAAACAUAAGUGAUUGUAAUCGUAACAUUGAAACUGUUGCACAAUUGCUUGAAGCACUUUUCAGAUCACAUCAUAAAAUAGAACCGAAAAGUUCCUGGUUUGUUUUGCGGAGUUCGUCAACUUGCACAUGCACACAUUAGUAAAUAAAUAUCAUCUUCCAUCA